AUGAAUACUCGUGCUGAAUGUUCACCAAGAAUUAUAAAAAGGAUAACCGGCAAAGAAAAGACAGACGACGCAUCAAUAUAUGAUUUUUACCGACAAAUUAACCAUUUAUGUAUAAUCAGGCUAGAAAAUGAAGCAGACAAAUUGAACUAUUCUUCGUGGUUAACUAGAUUGGAUAGUGACACUUCAGAUUUAAAGAUGCAUCUUAUCAAAAUCUUAUUUAUAUCGUUGAGAAGUGAUAGAUCUUUUCAAAUAUUUUUAAGACCUCCACCCGAUGAUCUUACAGAUUUAGAGUUGAGGUCUGAUAAUACGAUGGAUAUGGUUAAAUGGUUACAAGAUAAUAAUAUAGUCGAUGAAACGUUGACCAACGAGCAGAAAAAACAAGAGAUUUUACACAAACGUUCUGCAGCCGUAGCUACAAAUCUGCGUUCUUACAUAACACUUAAAACUUCACCAUACUUUGUUCAAUCGUUCUACGUAAGGUCAGAUUGGCCAAUUUAUACAUGGUAUAAUCCUACGGAUAUUCGAGUGCCGACUAACCAUGAUCAUAACCAAUGGGAACUAUUCCUAAAUCGUUUUGAAAUUGUCACUGACGAUAAAGAUAAAAAUAUCAAACACAAAAACGAAUGCGAUGAUAUUAUUCCAAUUGACCAAAUAUCAAAAGAAGUUGAGACCACUUUUAAUUGGCAUCCUUGGAGUAUACUGACUAGUGAAGAAAAUAGACCCAAACGAACACCAGGUUCUAUUUCAAUUGAUGUAGAUAUAUCAAGCCAACAAUGUAACCAAAAGCAAAUAGACGAAGCUGCACUUGCUAUAGUGUUUUGUAAAGAAUUCCCUGGUAAUAAGAUUGUAAGCCGUAGAAUGUAUUCUGAUACACUAAUUCCGGACGCGAAAUUUAUUUAUAAAAUGACGGGCGUAACAUUAGUCGAUUAUUCCAAUGUUAAGUUAAAAGAAGUCGAAAAGCUACCGUUUACUUGCGAGUUGAAAGAUUAUAAACGGGCUGCGAAAAACAUUUGCGAUGUUAAAAAAGAAAAGAAACUGUGUCCGUGUGAAAAACCAAUGAUGACUAUUCCUUGCAGAAAACCAAUAGAGUCGACAUGCCCAAAUGAACAAUUAGCAAAAAAGGCAAGUGUGGUGCACACCCAGAGCGAUUAUUGCAACCAGAACCCGAAGAAGCAGGAAUGUAAGUCCAACUCAAAGUGUCUGAAGAGGAAUCCAAAGAGAGCCAAGCCGGUGGAACCCUGUAAAUUUCCCAAGGACGACGAUGACUGUCCCCCGGAAGUCGUCAACGAAUGUGACAACGAAACGAAAGAAAAGAAUGUCCGCUCGACGGUAUUAAACGCCGGCGGAUCGUCGUCGUUCAACGACAGUUCGACUUGCGAUUGGACCUUGUCCUGCAGCUCCGAUUCGAUAUCGACGAGACAACCCGAACGGGCCCGCAGCGGCGGCAACGUCGACUGCGCGUCCACCUUGUCGGAUCAUGUGUCGCGCCUCGAACCGGAAGUCCUGAAAAGUGCAUCGCCGAUGCACUGCAGCUGCAGCAGUUUGCAUCGGAUGGCGGCAACGCCUCCGCGACACAGCCCGGGAGCCGCCGUGGAAAGCGUCCGAAAACGGCCUCGAGAACACCACCGCGGUCGGCGCGAACUCGGCAAUCGCGACAUCGAGAACUCGGAACGGACCGCUAGGAACGGCGGACGAGCGGACGAGGCGACCUUCGGCAGUGGUCGGCGAAGGGAGCAGAGGGCGAGCACCCCCGAGCCCCUGAUACCCCACGGCCAGGGACUGAGGAUAGGACAGCGGCACCGCCCCGAAAGAGACCUGCAAAACCGGGUUUACCAAAUCUUCAGGCCCGACACUUCGGUGGUUUCGCUGUCGGAGUGUUUGGACAGGAGACGCGGCGGCCUGCAACAGCAACAGCAACACGAACCCGCCGGGCCAAGCGGCGACAACAGAUCCGACACGGCUUGGGACCCGGAUGCGGGCGGCAGCUAUUCCGCAUUCUCGGCGACAUUACGCUCGCGGCCGCCGACGCCCGCGCCGGUCGAUUUAUUGCCGGCCAUCGAUUAUCGCAGCGCCGCAAUCUCCGCCGCAAGAAGCGCCGAAAACGACGACCUGUCGGACGAAUGCGACGACUCCGACUCCGAUCGACGUCAGUCGUGGACCAGGGUCGUGUGGACCAAUAACCACCGGUUCAUCGGCGCCGACGACGAAAACAACAAAAACGACUUCGGCGACACUGCGGGUUCGGUGUCCACGUCGUCGGCCGCGUCGUACGACGGUUCGGUCGAAAUGCGUCGGGAGGACGACAUUCUGCAGCUCCCGGCGUCCGACGACGAUCGAUUUCUGAGCGGCGACGACGAUGACGACGACGACGACGAAGACGACGACGACGUCGUCAGCCUGCAGCGCGAGGACGCCGCGAGCGCCCCGGGCUCUUCGAACACCUGGCCAUGGUCGUCGUCGUCGACGGGCGAUUCGAGGAGCGGCCCGCGUGUUCGGGAAUUCGGCGACGUCGCGGCCCCGGACCGGUACGACGGCUACGGCACUUCCUGUUCGUCGGAAUGA